CUCAAAUUCGCCUCUUUUGGCGCCUGACGGGAAGCCCUGUUGGCCUCUGAGGUCGUCUUAGUGGCUGGUGGCCAUUAUCUGACGAGCCGCCUUGACAGAUCUGCACGGCGCAGCAGACAUGGGUGAGUGCUGAGCAGCCCAUCUCCAUCAUGCGGCAAUGCACAGUGCACAUGCAUUUCCCCUGUUGUGUCUGUUGUGUAUGUGUGUCUGUCAGGUGAGCGCGAGGCGGAGCAUGACGGCAACAACAGCCGUGAGAACGGUGCACCGGGUCCGCAGGAGGGCUUUGGUGGUCGGAUGUCGCCGCCGGCAGAUGUGGACAGUCUGUUUUCGAUAAAGAUCGACCCUUUGCCGAGCCACAUCGAUGACGACAUGCUGCGGCAGACGUUCGGCAAGUACGGCCAGGUGCGGGACGUCUAUAUACCCAAAGUGCACGGCACGUCCCUUGCAAAGGUGAAGACACACACACAGUCAUACACACACACGAGAGAGAGAGAGAGAGAGAGAGAGAGAUAGGCAGGCAAACAGCCCUCACAAAGUCAGGCAGACACAGGGAGAGAUGGGUGUUGUCUGUCUGUCUGUCUGCCUGUUUGCACGCGUGUGUGUGUGUCAUUAGGGAUUUGCGUUUGUGCGUUACGGCAGCCGCGAUGAGGUGGAGCGCAUCCUGUCCGAGGCAGCGGGGGACGGCGGCAAGCUGCGGACUGAGGGACUGGGGGACAUAUCGGUGGAGUGGGCCGUCGCCAGAAAAACUCGGGACGACAGAGACCGGUAUGUAUGUAAACAGCCAGCCAGCCAGCCAGCCAGCCAGCGGAAUCUAUUAGUUGGUGGUGGCUGUUUGCCUGCCUGGCUGACAGCCGUGGAUACGACCGAGACAGCAGGGGCACCAAUGGAUACUACCGCAAGUAAGCAGAGUGAGUGAGUUCGUCACCCAAACACACACACAGACACAGAGAGAGAGAGAGAGAGAUGCAUGCGUGUGUGCGUGUGUGCGUGUGUGUGUGUGUGUGUGCAGUGGUCCAUAUGAGCGGUAUGACCGCUAUGGCGGCGGGCGCGACGACCGGGACUAUCGAUACAAUGACAGGGGGUCAGUAACAGGACACACACGGCUGCAUGUGUGUGUUGACAUUUGUGUGGUGUGGUGUGAUAGGAAUGACCGGGAUUCCCGUGAGUAUGGCUAUUCGCGAGGCGGCGGGGAGUACGACCGUGGCGGCAAUGGCCAUGACAGACGGGGCGGAGGCGGCCACGACGACUAUGGGUGAGCCAGCUGACUGCAUCUCCGACGGAUUCACACACAACAAUGCAUCUCUCUCCCUCUCUGUGUGUGUGCGUGUGCGUGUGCGUGUGCGUGUGCGUGUGCGUGUGCGCGCGCGUGUGUGUGUGUGAAUGUGAGCAGGGGUAGGGGCCGCUACUGACUGAUUGAUUGAGGUGACGUUUAUUGGUCAUGUCGGUGUGCUGCAGGUUAUGUCGCAUGAAUGAAGGCAGGCGAGUUUUGUAUGGUGUGGCUGUGGGUGUGGGUGUGUGGGCGCGGUGUCAUCGCUUUUUGCGUCUGUCUGUCAGUGCUGUCCUGUGCCGUCGUGUCUUUGUCUGUCUGUCUGUGCGUGAGGGUAGGUAUGUGUGUGUGCCUCACACACUGAAUGGAGAGAGGAAGAGAAUGGUUUUGUACGUCCCUCCUUGCUUGGCCUGAUGCUAUAGCUAAGGCGAUAUCACCCUGUGUGCUGCCUGUGUCUGUCUGUCUGUCUGCCUGUGUCUGUCUGUGUGGCUGCAUCUUGAACGAUCUUGAUGUGGAUUACUGCCUAGCAAUAUGCACGCUCUCAUAACUCCACCCACUGAGACACACUUUUUGCGUUGAGAUGGAGAGAGAGAGAGAGAAAGAGAGAGAUGGACAAGCAGG